AUGAGUUGCGCCGGUGGCUGGACUUCGAGCUCUCCGUCGCCGAUGCAUUGGCGUGAUGCCGUUCCGGACCCCGACACUGGCGCACCACGUCGACACGAGUGCGUCGUGCCAGGCGGCAGCGGCACCGCCGCACCUCGAGGCCCGCUCGUGCACGGAGGUGUUGCUGUACUCGGCGCUGGCGAAGCGCUGGGUCCGGUCCUGGAGGGACCUGCCGUCGCUGCUGAGCCAGUGGGUGCCCGCGGUGACGCCCGAGACCGUGAACGGCCCCUGCCGCUGCUGAGAGGCCGCGAGGUGCUGCUCGCGAGGAGGUCUGGGAACGCCUCUGGGGUCGGCGGACUGCCGAGGAAGGGCACGCGGCCCACGCCGACCUGCCCGGCGCCGCGGACUUCGCCGAGGCCGUGCGGCGCAUCUACGUCCGCCUCUGUGAGGAGCUGCUCGCCGUGCGCCCGCGGGUGCGCGAGCAGCCGCUCGCGGUCGGGGUCGACGGAGGACCGAGAGCCCGCGGCCGCCGAGGGGUGCGCCCGCGCGGAGGGCGCCGCGGCCGGCGCGGCCCCGUGCGGCACGGUGGUCGUCGAGGUGCCCGUGCCCUUCGGCGGCCGCCCCGCGGGCGCCGUGGAGGUGGCCGCGGUGCACCGCCUGGGCACGGCCACCGCCGCCGCCUUCAAGAUGCAGUUCCAGCACCCCUCGGGGGCCAUGCGGGCGCCGGCGCAGACGGCCUUCUCGCUCACCUGCAGGGCGCUGGGCGCCGCGCUGGCGGCCCACGGCGACGACCAGGGCCUCGUCAUCCCGGCGGGGGGAGAGGGUGCAGGUCGUGCUGGUGCCGCUCGGCGGGCCCGCCGAGGGGGAGGGCGGCGACUGGUGCGAGCUGCUGGCAGCGCGGCUGCGGCUGCCGGACGGCGAGGGGCGCGCCCUGCGCGUGGCGGACACGGCCCCCGCGACCCCGGCCAGGCGGCUGGGCGCCUGGCUGCGCCGGGGCGUGCCGCUGCUCCUGUGCGCGCAGCCGCCCCCGGGUGCCACUUCGCGCUCGCCGGAGGCCGUCGUGCGCCUCGUCGCCCGGGACCGGCCCGGGCACGACGGUGGCGCGCGCCGGAGCACGGUCGGGGAAGCGGCCGCCGCGGUGCGGCGCGAGCUCACGGCGCUGCACGGCCGCCUGCUGGACGCCCACGCGGCAGCGACCCUGUGACACCCUCCCGCCCGUGA